AUGUCGUUGUCAACAGGCCAUGUCGCUGGCCAACUACGCCAUUUGAUUUACUACCACCUCGAUAACAAUCUUGUUCAAAAUGCGCUCUUCCUUUCCGCCCGAUUACACGCCUAUGAACCACGAUCUUUCGAAGCGCAAUAUCUUCUGGCUCUCUGCCACCUGCAUAAUGGAGAGGUCAAGACAGCUUAUGAAUGUAGCCAGUCUACGGGCUCUAAAGGCCUACAUGCCGGUUGUGCUUACGUAUACGCGCAAGCAUGUCUGGAUCUCGGGAAAUAUCUGGAUGGCGUAACAGCGUUGGAGCGCAGCAAGAGUCUUUGGGCAUCAAAGAACCACUGGAAUAAACACAGUGAAACACAAAGGCAGCACUUGCCCGAUGCGGCUGCGGUAUACUGUCUGCAGGGAAAGUUGUUCCAUGCUCACAAAGACCUGAACAAAGCGGUAGACUGCUACGUGGACUCGCUCAAACUUAAUCCGUUCAUGUGGGAUGCGUUCCUAGGUCUGUGUGCAACUGGUGUUAAUAUCCGAGUCCCUAAUAUAUUCCAACUCAGCCCCGAAUUACUCGCAAUCAUCUCAUCUUCUCCCGAGGACUUGGACACAACAUCAGACCGAAUAACUCCAACGGAAGGCAUUUUCCCUGCACAAACUACUACCAAUUCUGGACCCGACCCAUUUAUGGUUCCCACCUCACGCGCGGAUCACGAUGCUACUUACGGUAGUUCUGCUCUCUGGGAGAAGCUGAAUGGAAGCUCAGUUGGUGUCGCAUCAGUUCCGCCUCCGGUAAUUCAUGAAGGCAUGGAAACGCCUCAAAGCAGCGGGUCAGAAGAGUUUCGAAUCGCAAAUGGAGUCACCGAUCCCGAGUCCGCCUGGGAGCCACCGUUGGCCCCAGUAAGGAAAAAUCGCACGACCGUCCAGACAAUGAGUCUAGAUCACACCGGCCAGCCGCCCCCUAAAAUGCGGCCAACGGGCAUCCGUCCCCGUGCAAAGCCAAGAACAGAAACAGAAGAACCACCAUUUGCGCCCUCGGACAGAGAGCCUCCACCAGCACCGCGGAUCGGUGACCGCAAACGAACUAUCUCUGGUCAAGUUGCACACCCUCUUCCUCCACAACCCACAGAACCAGGUGCCCCUCAGCGCCGCAGUGUGCGACUCUUCAAUCAGAUCAAACCUACAACUAGCAAACUCUCCAGCAGUACAUUAAUGGGCAGAGAUGGACGCGAAGUUAAAAAGGUCAGGAGUGCGACAUCUAGAGGACGCAACGGCUCAACUUCAACUGUUGGCCGGGUUGUUAGUGGCAACCGAAAGCCGAUGGAGGCCCAUGACAAUGAUGGCAAAGAGUUUUAUCGCACGACAUCUAUACCCCCCGUUCCACCUCUCCCCAAAAACGCAGAAAAAAACAAAGAGAUUGAAGCAUUGAGUUGGUUAUUGGGGCUAUUUACGAAACUUGCUUCGGGAUACUUCUCAUUAAGUCGUUAUAAAUGCCCCGAUGCGAUUCAGCACUUUAACUCCCUCUCACAAGGACAAAGAGAAACUCCUUGGGUCCUCGCUCAGCUUGGUCGGGCUUACUUUGAGCAAGCAAUGUAUGCAGAUGCAGCCAAGUAUUUCUCUCGGGUUCAGACUUUGGCGCCAUCUCGGGUCGACGACAUGGAGAUCUAUUCUACCGUACUUUGGCACCUGAAGAGCGAUGUGGAGCUUGCUUAUUUGGCACAUCAAUUAUUAGAGGUUGAUCGACUUUCACCUCAAGCGUGGUGUGCGAUUGGCAACUCAUUUGCACAUCAAAGGGAUCAUGAUCAGGCAUUGAAGUGCUUUAAACGCGCAACGAUGCUGGAUCCUGAAUUUGCUUACGCAUUCACCCUCCAAGGACAUGAGUACGUCGCAAAUGAGGAGUAUGACAAGGCCCUGGAUGCCUAUCGUCACGGAAUCAAGGCUGAUGCUCGGCAUUACAAUGCUUGGUAUGGCCUUGGAAACGUAUACGAUAAGAUGGGCAAGCUUGACGAAGCUGAACAACAUUUCCGCAACGCUGCCAUGAUCAACCCUACCAAUGCAGUUCUGAUCUGCUGUAUUGGGCUGGUGUUGGAGAAGAGUAAUAACCCUAAGAAUGCGCUCGUACAUUACGAACGAGCUUGUUCUUUGGCGCCGCACUCGAUAUUGGCCCGAUUCCGCAAGGCUCGCGUGCUGAUGAAACUUCAAGAACACAAGUUUGCUUUAGCAGAACUUAAGAUCCUUAAGGAUAUGGCUCCUGACGAGGCGAAUGUGCACUACCUGCUGGGCAAGUUGUACAAGAUCCUCCACGACAAGGCUAACGCAAUCAAACACUUUACAACGGCGUUGAAUUUGGACCCGAAGGCUGCACAGUUUAUUAAGGACGCGAUGGAAGCAUUGGAUGAUGACGAAAUGGAGGAUGACGAUAUGGCAUAG